AGCAUCACACAUGGCAUCCAAGUGAGCACCCUCAUGCUGAUUGGAAAGGUCUGCAGUAUUCGUGGAGGCAUCAGGUCUUGUGUAGUCAGACCCAUAGCUAGUCUGUUUACCUGCCCCAGUAACAUGGCCAAGAGCAAGUUUGAGUAUGUCCGCAACUUUGAGACAGAUGACACCUGUCUAAAAAACUGCUAUAUUGUUGUGAGGCUGGAUGGGCGUAACUUCCACAGGUUUGCAGAACAGCACAAGUUCACAAAGCCCAAUGACAACAGAGCCCUGGGACUGAUGAGCCGCAGCGCACACUCGGUCAUGGAUGAAUUAGAAGACAUUGUCAUCGCUUACGGUCAAAGUGAUGAGUUCAGCUUUGUUUUCAAGAGGUCGUCCAAUUGGUUCAAGAGGAGAGCCAGUAAGCUCAUGACUCACGUGGCAUCCCAGUUCUCCUCCUCGUAUGUGUUUUACUGGAAGGAGUUUUUUGGGGAUCAGACGCUACUGUACCCACCAAGUUUUGAUGGACGUGUGGUCCUAUAUCCUAGCAACCGUAACCUCAAAGACUACCUGAGCUGGAGGCAAGCAGACUGUCACAUAAAUAAUUUGUACAACACAGUGUUUUGGACUUUAGUACAGAAAGGAGGACUCACCACAGUCCAGGCAGAGGAUCGCUUAAAGGGAACGCUAGCCGCAGACAAAAACGAGAUCCUGUUCUCAGAAUUUGACAUCAACUACAACAGUGAAUCUGCCCUUCACAAGAAAGGCACCACUCUUAUCUGGGAAAAGCGAGAUGAAACUGUCACUAAACGCCUAAAACGACCAAAUGAAGAGGAGAAGGACGUGAAUGUGACACGCAGCAGGAGGAGGGUGCAGGCGUACCACUGCGACAUUAUAGGAGACCAAUUCUGGCAGGACCACCCAGACAUCCUGGAGGACGACAACUGCUAACAGUUCCUCUCCUGCUGUAGGAGAACAAUACUGAACUGAGUCUAGCCAGAACGAUUAAAGCUGACCUAUUGGAGCAGUGACAGCUCGAUACUGACUGAUGUAGAUCAUGUGUCCUGAAAGUGGGAUGCUUAGUACUCUUGAAACCCUUGUCUGUUUUUCUGAGAUUGAAUCUUAUUUGGUGGAUUGACUUUGUAUCAUUGCUCUCUCA